UAAAAUCUUGGAAAUAUACAAUUAUAUUAUUUACAUAAUAUGAUAAAAGGAUUUUAUAAAUAUUUCCCUAUUUUCUAAAAAAAUAUAAAAAAUAAAAAAUAAAAAUUCCCAACCUUUUAAAAAGUAGGAGAGGUUAUGAAUAGUGUAUGAACGUUUAUACUCCUCAAAAUAUUUGUUUACAUAUUUUCCCUCAUUAUAAGUUUAAUAAGCUUUUUUUUUUCUUACCUAAUGUUUGUGUUACAUAUUUGCCUUCAUGUAAAUAGUUAUAAUAGAAUACAUUAUGGUCAAUUGGAAAAAAAUAGUUAAUUUUUUCAAAGACUAGCACCGAAAUCUAACACCACCAGAGCAUAACCUUCAACACCACCGGAAUUAUCGCCACCUACAACUUAACCUUCACAACCACCACUUCCACCCUCUACACCACCAGCAACAACCACCACAUAAAUCACCAUACCAACAACAAAAGCCACUGAAAUCACCAUACCUACCAACCAAACCCGGGCACACUGAAAUAUGUACUUGAUUAAGGCGAGCAUCAUCAUCUCUAUCUACCACAAUCGACGAAGCCGCUGACCGGACAGUGGACGCAACGGUUGAAGCACCGGACGAUACGAUCCUCAGAUAACUCGAAAGCGCCCGAAACUAGCUCGGGAUGAUCCCAUUAGGCCGACCCGUUGAAGAAGCAGCAUCUGCCACUGAAUUUUGUUUGCCAUCUGUACUGACAUGCCAGCUGUUAUUGACAGCUAUUGAAUUUUGGGGAUUCCUUUGGUUUGGGUUGGGUCUUCUGUCGGUCUGGUUUUGGCAGGCUCUGGGUUGGAUGAUGCCUUCGUCUUUCUGAGGUAUUCGUUUGAGAGGUGGUGGUUCGUUUUAGAUGCCAUUAUAUUGCCUAUUGUACAGUCUUGCAUAUGUAUUUUGGACUACAUCUUUCGAAUAACUACUAAAUCAAGAUUGUUUUACAUGAAUUUGAUUUCACUAAUUCGUUGGAACAAAGUCUUUGUUCCUUUUCAGCCUCUUUUGGAAAAAGUUGUUGCUUGGCUGAAGUUUCCAUCUCCGGUGUAUGGAUUUAUAGAUUUUGCUAAGAAUAAUGUCUUUGUGCGGGUUAAUAAACCAAAUUCCCGUGCAAGGUUCAUUUUUUAUGGUGGAGAUGCCAGUUCGGCUGAAGAGUCUCGUGAAAGAGCGGCUCAUAAAGCUGUGAAGAGAUUGAUUUGUCGAUUUAAUGUUCAGGUGUCUGACUUUACAUAUGAGCGCAUUAAGAUGUAUCGGCUGUGUGUCAAGUUAUAUAAGAAUCGAUGCGCUGAAUUGGUGCAGGAUAGAGAAGAUUUGAGUCGCAUUCGUGCAGAGUGCAGCACAAAAGAGGUUGUGCCAUUUAAUGAUGUUCAUGUUUUGGUUGAUUUUGCUCAGUUUUUGGGAGUUUUAGUGAGGAAGACUGGUGUUACUGUAACUGCCAUUGAAACUACUAAGUUAGAAGGACAUGGCUAUAUGUCUUGGCUAAUGGUUACUUGUCCUCAUAAUAGUAUUGCCAUGGAGUGCAUUUUUAGUGAACCUUGUCCUGAAACAAACAUUGCUGAGCAAAGAGUUGCAAAGAAAGCGUGCUUUUUCAUAGCUUCUGUAUUUAAUCUAGAGAUAGUUGAUGCUAACUAUGGUGCUGUUGCGAAGAUUAGUGAAGAAUGUUCUUUGAUUAGGGAGAAGUAUUCGCUGUUAAAGGGUCAUCUUGACUGCUUGGAAAGGAGUUUUAAUCAAGCUGAACCUGUUAAUUGUUUGGUGAACGAUGAAUGUGCAACACCAACUGCUGAAGCAAACCAGAUUCCAGUCCUAGCUCUUCCACCGACUCUUCCGAAUAAGCGUAGGUUUGCUUUGACUGAGCUAUCUACGAGUGGUGUGGAAGUGCAGAAUUCUGAACGGCUUGUUACUGAUCUGCCAGAUUUGGAGUCCAUUUUCAAAUGUGUUAGGGUUGAUUAGUUGGUUGAUUAGCUAUGUAUUGUGAGGCUAGCUGCCUUUUGGAUUUAGGUGUUUUAAAGGCAUGUAUGUAGAUGCUAGGUUUGUGCUUAUGAUGUAGUAAUUUUAUUAACCAGCUUUUUGUUUAUUAGUUCCUAAGGUAUCGGAUAGCCGGAGUCUUUUUGGAUUUAAUGAAAGCACUGCCAUGAAUGUAUUGCCUGAUAUGGCUUCUUUUUAAUGAAUGAAGUUAUUGUUUGUUUGCUGUUUA